CAUCGCAUUCUCGUAAUAAUGCGUUGAGAAAUAUGUCAAAAGCUAACGUGAUCAUGAGGCUCAUGCUGACCGCCAGGGGCUCUGCGCUCCCUUCCUCCUCGUGUCCAGAAGAUCGACAUGAUGCCAAGACUGCUAGCUAUCAUCACUGCCAGCACACCCGGCUCUUGACUGUUUUUGUGGGGUAAGAACCCUGUCGACGGUCUCGUCCACACCAGAAAUAGAAUCGAUACGAGCCUCAUCAUGUCACUAUGCCAACUCCGAAAGAAUGGAGAUAGUAUAUAAAUGCUCUGGGGAACCUCAUCAGGUCUUCAUCAACCGACAUUCAAUUCUCAAACAAACGCUUCUCGACAAAGAAUAAAAUCCACAAGCACAAUUCCUCCAUCCAUCUCUCAAACAAACAAAAUGCAUCUCUCCAUCCUCCUCCCAAUCAUCCUCCCUCUCGUCUCCGCAAUAACAGUAUCCUACGACACCGGCUACGACGACGCCUCCCGCUCCCUCUCCACCGUCGCCUGUUCCGACGGGAGCAACGGCCUCCUAACAAAAGGCUACACAACCCAAUCCUCGCUCCCAUCCUUCCCCAACAUCGGCGGCGCUUCCGUCAUCGCUGGUUGGAACAGUGCUUCUUGCGGGACAUGCUGGAGCUUGACUUAUAACGGGAACACGAUUAAUAUUUUGGCGAUCGAUUCUGCGGUCGAGGGGUUCAAUAUCGGGGAGACGGCUAUGAAUAGCUUGACGGGUGGUCAGGCGGUGGCGCUUGGGAGGGUGGAUGCUGGGUAUGUGGAGGUUGAUGCGAGUUCGUGCGGGUUGUGAUUUGUUAGGUCCGAAAGAAAAAAAACAAGAGAGAGCACUUCUAGUGAUUAGGAGGUCGAAUUGUUACAUAUCUUACAAUAA